CCUCAUGCUCUCAAAUGGUUUCAUUAAACUUUAUCCUUCGAUUUUAUAACUCCACAUGAUUUACAUUUAUAAAAAUGAUCAAAUGAUAUACCGUUAUCAUUAAACAUGUUAUAUCAUCAACUUUAACUCUGCGAAUAUCCUGGCUAUAGAUGGAAUCUACUUUUAUAAUUAAUUUUUUAAUAUAUUAAGAAUUUUGGGAUAUGUUGGACUUCUCCAAGAUUCCAAAUGGCCCAGAUAUUCCAGAAGGGUAUGUAGAUGUAAUUUACGGAACAGCCGGCUUCAGAGGAAGCACAGAAAAUCCACCAGGAAAUUUGGAACAUGUAGCCUACAGAUGUGGACUCCUAUUUGCCUCACUUCCCUUCAUCUCUGAAGCAUAUUUUGAAAAGUACUCCAGAUCACUGAGUUUCAAUGGGUCAUUGGGACUUGGAAUUGUCGUGACAGCAAGCCAUAAUCCAUGUUCUGACAAUGGAAUUAAACUUUUUUCACCAUCAGGACGGACUUUGGAAUGCGUCUGGGAACCAAUAUUUACAUCAUUUGUAAAUACAAGGAAUUCCAUCCAAUCCGCUUUAUAUGAGGUGUUUACCAGUUUUGGAUAUAAACCAAAAAAUUUAAAUCUCAACAUAUUGAUUGGAUGUGACACAAGGCCAUCGUGUUCUUCACUAGUAUCAAAUUUAACGCUGGGGAUUAAGGCGAUCUACAAUCUUCUUAAUCUUACCAAUUCAAACGUUAAUUUUAUUGGUAAAAUAACAUCGCCUACGAUUUCCUACCUCCUGUCUUCUGGUACAACAUGCGUCCAAGAUGAUGAAAUGUACAUAUCCUUUUUGUCGAAUUCAUUUAACAAGAUUUUUGAUACGUUACAGGAUUUAGGCUUGGUAGACCUUUCCCACAACCUCGACAAACCAGAAGAACUGUAUUUUGAUUGUUCAUACGGAGUUGGUGGGUAUAAGAUAGUAAGGUUUUUCGAGAUAUUCAGAAAACUUGGAAUCAUCCCUGCCGUAUGCAACUUUCACAAGUUUGGAAAAGACCGUGAUUUAAACUAUAAGUGCGGAGCCUCAUACGUGUACUCAACUUCAUGUUUCCCAGAAGCACUAAAGAAAAGCAUUAAUGUUUACCUGAACAAACGCUUCUGUUGCUUCGAUGGUGAUGCAGAUAGAGUUCUUUACUACAUGCCAUGUGACCCCCUAAUGAAUUCAAGCGGUGAAUACACUGUGCAGCAACUCGACGGAGACCGGCUCCUGAUCGUGACUUUGAUGCUUUUAUGGACUUUUCUAGUCAACUACAAGAAGAAACUCACCAUUGGAAUAUUCCAAACAAGAUAUUCCAAUGGCGCCUCCGUUAAUUACAUCGAUGCCCUGAUUGAUCGAUAUACCUCCGAAAACAAGAACAUCUCAUGGCAACAUGAGUAUUUCAACAGUGGUUUAAAAAACGCUGAGAAACUUGCCGAAAAAUACGAUAUUUCACUUUAUUAUGAGACCAACGGUCAUGGAAACAUUGUAUAUAACAGGAAUUUUUAUUCCAAAGACUGUUUUCAAAGUCUAGCUGGCCAGAGCACCAAUUCUCAUUCCCCCUCAUCACUUCAUGAUCUGGAAAUAUCAUCCCUGGAUACAUCCAUGACAAACUCUACCAUUUCAUCUCUGAGUGAUUUUAAGGAUGAGUUGUCCGACACGCUCCUGUUUGACUUUCUCGAGAUUUUUUUCCCAAGUGGUGACGCUAUUUUGAAUUCUAUGUUCCUGGAGCUUGCUUUCAGAGUUCUCAAACUCAGUUUUCAUGACUGUCUGAACUUUUACACAGAUUUCCCGUCCUCACACUUCCAGUAUAAUCUUAAACCCGAACUCAAGACUUUGUUCAGCUCCUCAGCCAACGAGACAGUGUUAAACGAGCCAAAAAUUCUCCAGGACAAGAUUGAUGCAAAGACUAGACAGUUCAGGUUUUGUCGUGCCUUUCUUCGUCCUUCCGGGACUGAACCUCUUCUUAGGAUUUAUGUGGAAGGCGAGACUCAUACAAUCGUUGAGAACGUCCAGAAUUACAUAGUAAAUGAAAUUGACGUGUUUUUGGCUAAUCAACGUCUUUCAAACCACAUUCAUUUCAAAUAACUUGAUUUAAUUUUAAUUUCAAAUUAUUUCAAACAUUUUAAUUUUAAAAUUUUAAUUUCAGUUUGAUUUUAAAGUUUUA